AUGGUCCGUCCUCUCUCUGCUCUUGGCACUCCUCCCCCCGCGCCGUGCGCCACUGGUUCUGUUGAUGUUCAGGUCGACCUGCUAGACGGAAUGGAGAACCCCGUCGCCCCGCUAGGCCUCUCGUCACCUUACCCGGUCGCCACCUCCACCACCUUCAUCCUCAGUGAGCCGCCUGCAUCCAGCGAGGGACAGGCCACUGUCACAUGA